GGGGUCGGUGCUCGAUCCCCCCCACCCCGCGGUAUCUGCCCAGCGAUGGAGCAGAGGCCGCGCUACAAAUGCCCCCCGGUUGGGGACCGAAUUCCUUAAUUGGGUUGUCAUUAAAAGUUCCCGGUGCCGAACGUUUGCUUUCGCUCUCGGAAGAGGCUGCGUUAACGAGAAACUCCUCCUGGAAGAGCUCGUUUCUGUGUUACGGCCGCGGGCCUCUUCUAAACAACCAAACCCUUGGCUCUCCAACUGAGGAUGGUCGUCCUUGCUGGAGCCUUCUGUUACAAACACUUUCCCCCACACAUCAAGGUCUCAGUGGAGUCCUGGUGAAACAACGCAUAAUUCAAGAUCCAGUCAGGCUUUGCAAUCUCUUAGGUAGCACUUACUAUUUUAGUACUUCAAGCUCUCAAGGGAGUAACCAGAAGAAUGGAGGAUUCAAAAAGAAAUCUCCACAGGAGGAAGAGGAGGAUGAGAAACGCAGGAAAAGGGAAAAUCAGAUGCAUCUUGAACGCUUACGGGCACUCCUCAUCAUAACUUUCAUAGUGCUGAUGUUUCGAUUCACGGUCAGCGACAGCAGAGAAGGGACCAACAUUUCCUGGAACUACUUUGUGAAUGAGAUGCUGGCAAAGGGAGAGGUCCAGAGAAUUGAAGUGGUGCCGGAGAGCGAUAUUGUGGAAAUUUAUCUGCACCCAGGAGGGACUCCGCAUGGACAAGUUAACGUUACCCUGUUGUACACAAUGCGGGUGGCAAACAUUGACAAAUUUGAAGAGAAGCUGAGAGCUGCGGAGGAUGAGCUGAAUAUUGAUGAGAGAGAGAGAAUCCCUGUUUCCUACAAACAUCCUGGAUUUUAUGGAAAUGAUAUCAUUUCCCUGAUAGUGACACUUGUGGCUGUGUCCAUGUUGUGGAGCAUCUUCCGCCUUAUUAGGGUUGCAGGCCGGGUAGGAGGAUUCAACGCCUUUAACCAGUUGAAAAUGGCUCGUUUCACCAUUGUGGAUGGGAAAUCUGGAAAAGGGAUUAGCUUCAAGGAUGUAGCGGGAAUGCAUGAGGCGAAAAUGGAAGUCAAAGAAUUUGUGGACUAUUUAAAGAAUCCCGAACGCUACCUUCAGCUUGGGGCUAAAGUGCCCAAGGGUGCCUUGUUACUUGGACCACCAGGCUGUGGGAAGACGUUGCUGGCGAAGGCUGUGGCUACAGAAGCGCAAGUGCCGUUUUUGGCCAUGGCGGGCUCUGAGUUUGUGGAGGUGAUAGGAGGUCUUGGAGCUGCCAGAGUUCGGAGCCUCUUCAGAGAAGCCCAGGCUCGUGCACCUUGCAUCGUGUACAUUGAUGAAAUCGAUGCUGUGGGCAAGAAGCGCUCCACCAAUAUAUCUGGUUUUGCCAAUGCUGAGGAGGAGCAGACCUUAAACCAGCUGCUGGUGGAAAUGGACGGAAUGGGGACGACAGAUCAUGUCAUAGUGCUGGCUUCCACCAACCGUGCCGAUGUCUUGGAUAACGCCUUGAUGAGACCUGGGAGGCUUGACAGGCACAUCUUUAUUGAUCUUCCAACACUCCAGGAGAGAAGAGAGAUCUUUGAGCAGCACCUGAAGGGUCUCAAACUGAUCCAAGACGCCAACUUCUACUCUCAGCACCUUGCUGAACUGACUCCGGGCUUCAGCGGAGCCGACAUAGCAAAUAUAUGUAACGAAGCUGCUCUUCAUGCCGCUAGAGAAGGUCACAAAUCCAUUGAUACUUUCAACUUCGAGUAUGCUGUGGAAAGAGUCAUUGCAGGCACUGCUAAAAGAAGUAAGAUCUUGUCACCAGAAGAGAGGAAGGUGGUAGCGUUUCAUGAAUCGGGUCAUGCAUUGGUUGGCUGGCUGCUGGAGCACACCGAGGCUGUGAUGAAGGUUUCCAUAGCCCCUCGAACAAAUGCAGCUCUCGGAUUCGCUCAAAUCCUUCCGAGAGAGCAGUACCUCUUCACCAAGGAACAGCUGCUGGAGAGGAUGUGCAUGGCGCUGGGGGGGAGAGUGUCCGAGGCCAUCACCUUUAACAAAGUCACUACAGGAGCACAGGAUGACCUGAAGAAGGUGACCAAGAUAGCCUACUCCAUGGUGAAGCAGUACGGGAUGGUGCAAAUUGGUCGGCGCCCUUUCAGCCAGGGACUUCAGCAAAUGAUGGACCACGAAGCAAAAGUCCUGGUGGCUCAGGCUUACAGGCGCACAGAACAACUCUUAUUGGAGAACCGGGACAAGCUGCAAACACUGUCUAAUGCCCUCCUGGAGAAAGAAGUGAUAAAUUAUGAUGACAUUGAAGCUUUGAUUGGGCCUCCACCCUAUGGGCCAAAGAAAAUGAUAGCGCCUCAGAGCUGGCUUCAAGCAGAGAGAGACAAGCAGGACACAAGAGAUGAAGAAAUGCCCCAGCAGCCACCGAACCACGAGGAGGAGGAAGAACCACACCUGAGACCAGUAUGAAGCCCCCUCCUGAUAUGCAACGGGAGGACUCCAGAGGCUUCUUUUGGACACAGACCCUUUCCCUUUUCAGCUCCAGAAUCAAAGAUACUGAGCAGGGAAUCUCUGUGCCGCUGUUAUCCAAAAGUUGAGGGACGGCUACGUUGGCUCUUUUAACGAGCUUUUCCCUGCAGGAAGGAGGACUCCUUAGGAUUUUGAAAUUGAUUCUCAGCAGGCUAGUAGUGAUUAGGAGUUGGGUAAGUCUAAUCUCCUGGAAAGAUUUCUUGUACACAGGAGCGUUGUACAUGUUCUUAAGGGUGAAAGAUUGUGCGGAGUCCUUGUAAGCCACCUCUCGCUGUGGCGUGGCAGGAGCGCGGGUCAGUGUAGUCAAACCCCUGCAAGACUCCGCGUUGGCUACGGUGCUGUAGCUCUUGUGCGACUCCGCUGUAACCUUUGAUCAUCUCUGCUGCUGAACAUAAAAUAGAAACCAAAAAAACCCAGACUCUCCUGGAAUAAACUGUCCAUAGUGUCUGCUGUGUUUAGAGUAUGUUGAGAUGCGGGUAUGUGUUCUGGUGCAUACAGAGCUUUGUUACAGCUAUGGAGUUGUACAGGACAAGGGCUUUCUUCUCCCUGGCCAACAACUUACAUUCUGUUUUUAUAGCAAGCGCCUCGCCUUGAGGAAAACCUGUGUGCAGAACCCAACAUCACCCCGCAGUGUGAUGCUAGCAUUGCAGCGAGUGGCUCAGAGUCACACGUUGGAAGAGUGUUCGGCGGCACUGCUGGUUCAGAGCCGGAGAGGUGCCCUCAGGAACCCGAGCAAAAGCGGCUGUGUCCGUUGGGAAGCCGCAGUAAAAAGCUGGCAGUUCCUCCGGCUCUGUCCUCGUGGCUCUUGCAAAACAACCUGGGAUGACACCGGUUGUCUGCCAUUCAUCAGGGAAAGCAUUAAAAUGAUAGUUGGUGCCUGGCGUGCUCUGGCUGGGUUAAUCUUUUAGGAAGGAUUAUUGUCUUGAGUUACUCCGUGAGGAUCGUCUGUGACCUGAAACACCCCAGCCCAAGCCCACUCUCUGACAGCUUUGAACCCUCGGGCCUCGAUCGUGGUCCCCAGGCUCCUCUUCAGGCUGGAGUGGAGAGCCCCAUUUUCCACAAGGAUGUGGGGGGACGAUGUUCUGCGGGGCGUCCUCUCCCUGUCCCAGCACAGAGCCACCUGCCUACAGGGAGCCCCAAGCCUUCCCUGGGGUAUCGCUCGUUGUCAUCCCCGUGGUGGUGGUGAUUUCCCUUGGUUUUGGGGGGAGAAAUGGUUUUCUAAAUUUGCAAUGCUACUGUGCCUGUAUUUCGUUAUUCCAAACCUGUUUGCUUCUUUGCAAGUUCAUUCUUUGGAUUCAGUUUUCCACCAGCAGGUUGAAAUUUCAAGUGU